AUGUGUCUACUUUUUUAUAUUUUGAUUCCCUUAGUAAAAUUCCUGGUUCCGUCAUUGCAGGUACGCCAGGCCCUCUACAUAGCCAUGGCACAUGCUAGCAUUGCUCUCACAAUUUUCAUUCUUUAUGCUGUUGGUAAAUUGCUUCAAGAUUAUUUGAGGCCUCUUUUAUGGGCUGUCCUUUGUUCAAUACCUUUGAGAGGAAUUCAGCAAGCACUCGUUACAUUCUGGUCCGAACCUCUAAAACUAGGCCUCACCGAGACCAUAUUAGCCGUCCCCGUGGCUGUAUUCCGAGUUUCCAUUGGAACCCUUGUUGAAAUUAAGGAUAUGACACUGAGGGUUGUUCAUAGGAGGCAGAAACACAACGCUUUAAGGCGUCAUAGAAGCGGUUUUUUUAUAUUGUUGAGGUGGCUCGUGUCGUUUUGGGUGUUUGUGAUAACGUAUGAGCAAAUUGGUGGUGUUGGAUCAGUAGCGCUUCUCGCGUUGGGAUUUAUGCUCACAGCUAACAGUGUGGACUCUACUAUCAAUGCAGUGACAUCUCUUAGGAGUCAGAGUUUUCGAAGACUCCCUAUCACUGCUUUCUUUACAAGAGGGAUAUUAAAAAGAUUGAAGACCAUUGUGGCUAUUGGAUUGAUUGUCGGAUUGAUUCUAGGAUCCUUGGCAGGUAUGAUUUUCUUCUCUUAUAAAAUUGGAGUGGAGGGGAAAGAUGCAGUUUUUGCGUUGAAAUCCCAUGUAGAGGAGAGUAAUUAUGCAGAGAAAAUAGGGAUCAGGAAAUGGAUGGAUGAACACGAUGUCCCAGAGAUGGUGGAUAAGUACAGUACUCAGCUGUGUCAGACUGUAUUUGACCAGAUAGAUAGUUAUGCUAUGCAAUAUAAUAUGACUGAGUUUGUUUCCGGUAUCAAACAAUUUGUAAUAACCCCGGCGAAUAACUCUUCUGAGCGGUCCACAGCUUUGGCCUCCCGCUCCCCAUAUACUAAAAAGAUGUUGAGCCUAAAAAGGAGGAUUAAGGAUCUUGAAUGGGGACAAAUAUACACGGAAGUGGACGCAAUUUUUAGGGAAUUGCUGAUUACCAGAGUGGACUUGGUUGAGAAGGCAAAAGGAUUUGCUCAACGUGUACUUGUUAGCAGCAAAUCCGUUUUAGGUGGCAGUGUGAAGGUCCUGUUCUUGAUCGGGCAUUCCAUCGUUUCAGGAGCUGCAGGGCUUUUCAAUUUUGUAUCUCAGUUAAUUUUAUUCUUUUGGGUACUCUAUUAUCUUAUCACCACAGAAUCUGGUGGAGUAACAGAACAGGUGAUAUGUAUGCUUCCCAUUUCGCAUUCUGCAAGGACUCGUUUUAUUGAGGUUCUUGAUAAAGCUAUUUCUGGGGUUCUUUUAGCAACUGCUGAGAUUGCGUUUUUUCAAGGAUGUCUGACUUGUCUCUUGUUCAGAUUAUCUUCGAUACAUUUUUUGUACAUGUCAACUGUCCUUGCGUUUGUUAGUCCUUUGUUUCCUAUUUUCCCCUCAUUAGUUUCAACUAUCCCAGCAGCUUUACAGUUGGUUCUUGAAGGUCGAUAUAUGUUGGCCAUUAGCUUAUCCAUUAUUCAUCUUGUGCUUAUGGAUUUUGGUACAUCUGAAAUCGUAGACGAUUUCCCUGGCUAUAGUGCAUAUCUCACCGGUCUCAGCAUUAUUGGUGGAAUGACAUUGUUUCCUUCAGCAGUUGAGGUAAUUAACAAACAUCUUUCUGUUGAAAUCUCAUCAGAAAUGUCAUGGCAUAAUCUCUUUUGUUACCAUAGGUUGGAAAUGUUUUAUCAUGUCCUGAUCUGUCAUUGAAAACGAGAAGGAAAAGAAAGGAAGAGGUUAUAAUGUUAGCGCGGGAUGUAAAAGUAGAUUGGCCUGGAAUUGCUCUAGAUCAUCUAUAGAAAGGAAGAUAAAAAUUAUAUUUUAUCUUCCAACAGUUAUUUCAAACAUGAAAUAGACAUAAUUGUUCAUGUUAAACUUUGGGCAAACUAUGCCUAUUAUUAUGGUAAAAACUCAUGAUGACCUGAAGCCAGUAUCGGCUUAUGUUACCUAACAAGUUAGUCUUAGCUUUUGAGAUUGGAACUGUUUGAUAAAACAUAUACAAAAUUUAUAGCCUCUGAAGAGGACUAUACAUACAAAGGAAAAGAAAUUAAUUGCAUUGAGCAUGUAGUCUUAUUUUUCGCACUUGAUAGGUGUGGUUUCUGCUGUUUUACCGAGCCAGAAAGGAUAAGUGGAAACCUCAAGGAUCCGAGUUUCCGAGUAACACUAGAAAGUGCUUUAAUUUAGAAAACACCUUGAAUAGCAGUUGUCUUUGCUGUAGCACAAUCUUUCAGAAGUUAGAGUUUAUGUUUUUGCUUUUAAAAGUAUAGUGUUAUGCUUGAUAUUAACUCUUGAUAGGUAUGUUAUUCAGGGAGCGAUAAUGGGGCCACUAAUAACUACGGUUCUGAUUGCAAUUAAAGAUUUGUAUGUGGAGUUGGUUUUGGAAGGACAAGAGCAAUAAGUAUAGUAAAUCUUUGUUUCUUUCUAAUGCCUGGUGAAAUCCUCAGAAGCCAUAAGGAGAAGUGCUGCAACUUCAUUUGAUAGGUGAAGCGGUGUGUGCACUGAACGUCUUCUCAUUUGAAGUUUUGUUAUGUAUCCUGCAUGUGAUAGACUUUCAUCAUAUCAAUGUUUUUCCCAAAUUGGCUCGAGGUUUAAUUCUUUCUCCAAAAAUCUGUUAAUUUGUGUACACAAAUUGCCAGUUCCGUAGCUAUUGGGUAGUUAGUAAAGUAGGUUAUACACUUGUGUUAUUUUUUUCUAAACAUUGGAUUGAUUUCAUGAGAAAAGGGUUCAUUUAACGAUCUUCAACGUUUCUGAUGCCUGUAUAACUGGUUUAAACAUCACCCUUUACUUGUACAUUUGUCAAGUCUUGUUAAAUAUGGCAUGCAUCUGCUCAACUUCUUGCUGGAAAAUUGCCUACCAAUUGGCAUUGAAGUAUAUUCAGCUAUCUUUCCAUCAAAUGGUUACAAGUGGUUAGCGUCACGAACAUUCUCUGUUAUUAUGGGAUUCAACAAAGAAGAACGCGUUAGUAAAAAUACAAACGGGACUAUGGUUUAGCCUUUAAGAGUAACCACUGGUCCGACUAAUUGCUAAAAAUUAGUAAGCUGGAAUCUGCAGAAAAAAGUAAUGGCACUUGUGGAUUCUGGACCACACCUAUGUCCAAGUUUUUUUAUGAGAUAAUUACAGUCCAAUGCUAAUUUAGUUUACAAAAUAGUUUUGUAUAUUUAAGUAUAAAUAAAUAUUUAAGUAUAAAUAUAUGUAUAAUAUACAUAUCGUAUACAUAUAUACAUAUGAUAGACAUAACAAGUGUAUAUUGUUUUGGCUAGCACGCUGACAGGCCAGAAUGAAAAAAAAAAAAAAAACCUUUCCAGAAUGAAAAAAAAAAAACUUUCUUUUGUUUCCCACCCGCUACCCACAUUGGAGCCCCCACUAAUCCGGAUUCGCGUUGCAUAAGGAUUAAGGCCUACUUAAGGGAGAAACACUCCCUAAAAUCAACCAUAUCAAACCAGCUUUCUAGCUAGUGCACUUCUUUUAUUUUUCCUAAUGUUUUAAAUCAUCAAAAGAGAGGAAAAAAGCAAAAAUAAAUUGUGAAUUUGCAAGUGUCCGGACUUAGGCAAAGUGUCCGGACUUAGGCAAAGUGCCAUACUUCAGAGCUACCAUCCAAUUAUUUUCUAACUUGCUAGGUUGCCGUAAUUGACAAUAACAUGCCUUCCUACUUUAGUACCAAGCAAGUUAAAUGCCAACAAACUCUAUAGUUGUAUUGGGCAAAAACCGGCCCGAGAUGUCAUAUGAGACCGGACGAGGGGACCGGGGAACCCUUACAGCUGUUCUCCACUCCACCAACUCCAGUCACAUUCACGAUUUUAGAUCAGAGAGCCAAUAACUAUGCUAAUGUUGGGGGCAACCUCACGCCACCUCACCCGUAUUUUAGGGGUAGAAAAGUCUCAUUUUGGUUUACAUAUAGAUAGCUUAUCAUGUAAGCCAAAGGACUCCCAUCUCAUCUCUUGUAACUUAUCCUUUACUUUUUCUCUCAAGAACCAUAGAUCCGGGCACACUGAUUAUUCUUAAGAACAUAUUUACCUUGCUUGAUUUUCUGAUUUUUCAUGCUUGAUUCUUUCAAUCUAACUCUUGUAAUCACGAAAACCUAUCCGAAAGGAGAGUUUUCGGGAUUGGACACGACACACUUGUCUUUAAACCCUUGAAAUACUAAUCUAACUGAUUAUCAGUUUUCACCGGAAAACAAUAGUAAUUCUUGAAAUUCCUAAUGGUAAUUUUUCAAAAUUCCUCAUUUCCCUCUUUCUUUUCCCUUCUUGCUUCUUCCCUCACUAACUACCCCUAUGGGCCCUUGCUCCCAAACCAGAUAAGAUUGAACAAGGAUGUAAUUAAGUGGCUUUGAUUAAUAAGUGUGAGCCACAUUAAUCAGAGAAAAACUAUUGAUAAUGAUGGCCGGUGAUGGUAAUUGAGCGACAAAAGACUAAUAACCUGUUUGGCCAAGCUUAUAAAAACAGUUUAUUUUAAAAAAUAUUUUUUUUCAAAAGCACUUUUAAAAAAAGUACUUUUGGCUAAAAGCAGUUUGUGUUUGACCAAUUAAUUUAAAAAGUACUUUUGAGAAGCAAUUAGUGUGUGACCAAGCUUUUAAAAAGUGUUUCUGAGUGUAUUUUUCUCAAAAGUACUUUUCAAAAAAGUGCUUUUGGGCAAAAGCUAUUUUUUUUAGCUUCUGAAAAACUGCUUCUGCUACUCCCCAAAAACACUUAUUUUCUCCCAAAAGCUUGGCCAAACACUUCGCUUUUUUUAAAAUAAGCACUUAUUGAAAAGAUAAGUAUUUUUGGGGAAAAAAUAAGCUUGACCAAACAGGCUAUAAUAGUGGUGGUUGACCGGUAAGAGUAGAUGAAAUAAUAAUUCUGCUUCCCAAUUUAUAUCAUGCAUUUUGAUUGAGCAAGAAAUUUAAGAAAAUGAGAAAGACUUUUUUAAAUUUGUGUUCUAAAAUAAAACAUAUAUAUUUAUGUAGCUAUAAAUAAUCUCAUUAACAAUAAAAUAAGAAGUUUGAAAUUAAUUUUUUUUAAAUAUAAAAAUAAUAUCAUUCUUUAUGGAACAAAUUAAGCAUCACAUAAAUUGGGAAGAGAAAUAAUUAAAGUACACAUUCACAACUCAUAAAUUCAACUGUAGUGUCUUACUAAUUGUAAAACUCUAUACAAGCUGUAAAUUAACCAGACUCAUCUAGAACAAAAUAAACUGUUG